AUGAACGGUUCGCGGCGGAGCUUAGAGGGAGGUCGGGGUCCCGCGAGCUGUGGUGGCUGGCGGUCCGGUCGGUGGAGGUCGCCGCAGAAUGGAGGUGUUCAUGGCAAGGCGGCGGCGCUCUUCGUCUUCUUCGGCGGUGGCGGUUUCGGCAACCCCUUUGUCACCACGGCGGACCAUCCUGACGCCCUGGAGUCGUCCGUCCCUGCACCUUGGAGCCACCGCAUCUGGCGAUCUCCACCGCGGUCGCCGCCACCACUCCGCCCCUGGUUACCGUGGCCGUCCCAGCCCCUCGCGGGCCCCGUCGCGGCCGUGGCCUCGCUGCAGCAGCCGGCGCUGCCGCCGCCCUUGUUCCCGUGGCCGUCCCAGCCCCUCGCGGGCCCCGUCGCGGAGCCGGCCGCCUUCUUCCCCGCCGGGACGCUGCAAGCAACAGCAGCAGCUGCCGCCGCCACCAACGCCGCCGCUGCAGCUACUGUCCUCACCGACGCGGUCCCUGCUGUUCGGUGGGCAGCUGCAACGGCAGCAGCAGCUGCCGUCGCCACCAACACCGCAGCAGCGGCUGCUGCCGCCACCGACGCCGUCCCUGCCUUUCGGCGGUGUGGGAGCGACCUUGGCCCCGGGCUCUACACCGACACCGCCCGGGAUGCCCUUCCACCAGGUCCGUUUCCAUCCGUCGCCGUCACCGCUUCCGGCUUGGAUCGCUAUCCGCCACGUGUCGGCGGCGGUGAGGCUGCAGGCUGCUGCGCGCGGCCUCCUAGUGCGUCGGCAUGUGCGGGAGAUGCGUGA